UCAACCUCCUGCCAUAAACCCCGCAUCCGCUGUCAACUGAUCGCAUCAUCCAAAUUGUUUUCGAAACGCGAAUCAAUCAUCCUCUUCGUGCCUGUGCCUUACUUUAAUGUUUAAGUGACUUAUUUUAACGAACAUUCCAAUUCAACGCUCGUGUGGUACCGUAUUAAUUGAUCAAAUAAAGUUUAAUCGAUAGCAAUAAGCACCAUGAUGGAAUCUCGUAUCGUUUGUUUGGUCGCAUGCGGUCUGGUCGUGUUGCUGAGUUUCGGCGUCCAAAUGGGUUCGGCCAUCAAAUGCUGGGAGUGUCGCUCCGAUUCCGACCCAAAAUGUGCCGAUCCCUUCGACAACAGCACACUCUCGAUCACGGACUGCAAACAGGUAGAGCAGAAAGAACAUCUGCCCCAGGCACAGGCCACCAUGUGCCGCAAGAUUCGACAGAAAGUGCACGGCGAGUGGCGCUACUUCCGCAGCUGUGCUUUCAUGGGUGAACCCGGCAUCGAGGGUGACGAGCGAUUCUGCCUGAUGCGUAGCGGUACCUACAAUAUCUUCAUGGAGUACUGUACCUGCAACAGCAAGGACGGUUGCAAUACGGCGUCGUCGCGUAGCCCAACCGGUCUGCUGGUGUUAGGUGCAGCGGUACUGCUUGUCCUACAGGCGGUGGUACACGGAUUGCGUCGCGCAUAGAAAGGGGUUUGGUGUAAAAGUGUGCCCGCCAUAGGAGAUUAUUUUUAACAGACACAUGUAGCUAAUAGAGGUAUGAGAAAACAGAAUGCGGAAAGCGGAAGUGCCGUUUCCAACGCUUAACACUACACAUUCCGUCCUAUGAUGAAUCUCCUGUCAGUAUUCGGUGCCUUUUUGUAACUGUUCCGAGGACUAUUUUACGACAAGUAAUAAACCUUUUUUUAAUGAAAACGAA